AAACUUCUGAUCAGAAAGCACUUCGACAGUGUAUAUACAUACUGUCGUUUCUCGCGAAGACUGAAUGUGGAUCUCAUCACUGGAAACUAUGAAGUUACUGGCUUUGCUGCUCCUCACUUUUAUAUCAGGUUCAUCAGGACGAAUCGAAUCAAAAGUGCUAAUGGCUAAGCUGGGAGAAAACAUCAUUAUAAAGUGUCAAUACCCGAAAGUAACCAGGAAAUCAAGGAAUUGUUUGUGUAAACAAACCAAAGAUAAUUACUGCAAUUAUCUUGUAUGUACUGAUGGAGAUUUCAACACAGUAUAUGAUGAGAGAGCUUCAAUGACUGGGAGCAAUGAUGGUCCAAUUUCUGCUGCCGUGAAGACACUUGAAGAGAAAGACACUGGGAUAUACUGGUGUGGAAAAGAUAAUGGUAAAACUAUAGAAAUUUCAGAGGUUGUGCUGCUGAAAGUGUUCAAAGGUACAGAGAAACCAAUGAAAAGACUGGUCGCUGCUGAACUGGGAGAGCGAAUCUCUGUGACGUGCCAAUACAGCAAGAAACUGAGCGAUUAUAGCAAGUUCUUUUGUAAAGUAAUCUCCAAUAACGAGUGUACUCGUAUAGCAGAUUCUAAUGGGGCUGUGAAUGAACCGUAUAAAAGAAGAGUUUCCAUUACUCAUAAAGGGAAAAGUCAGGUCAUUUCCAUUAUCUCAGCAAAGGAGGAAGAUGCUGGGGAGUACUGGUGUGGAGCAGCAAGUGGGAAUGAAGUAGAGUUCACACAGGUUAAGAUACUACAGAUCUCUCAUGGAUCAACCGCCUCAUCGUUCAUUGACACAACGUUCACCACAGCUAUCACCAGACCUAUCAACAGUUUUGCAGGAAGAGAAUGGAAUACGUGGGACAUCCUCCGCUGGAUCUUCUUUGGGGUUCUGGCUCUUUGCCCAGUUUCAGUCCUAAUCAGCACACAUUUCUCAAAGAGCCAUGGUAAUGAUGGCGAUGAGGCGCCCAUUGGAAAUAGCCCUGGUAAAAGGCAGACUUCACACUAUUGAUGGUGAUCCGAACUUGGACAAUGGACUACAGGAACAUCCAAUGUCACAAGUCAAUACAUCCCAACAAAGACCUGAAUUAAAUAACCAGCCAUAUUGAGAAGUGAGACAAUUGUCAGCCUCACCUGUAGCUUCACUUACAACCCAGACACUGACUGACAGUAACAUGGUAACAGUGGAAUGCUUCUGUGUGGGAACAAUCCAAGACUUCAUCUUCACUGUAGGUGGCUACAGUGCUCACAUCCUAAAUUGUACUUGAAAACCCAAUCCCAUUUCCUCCAUGUCCCUUGCUGCACUAAUGCCCAGCUCCACUGACCAUUCAAUGUACACUGUUACCAAGUGCAACAAAACCUCUCUGAUAAUCUUACAACAGUUUAUAUACGGGGGCCAUUGUAAAAGGUAAUAUGAAAGGUGCAUCAUUUGCUACGAGUCUCUGAGCACAUCUCAGCAUGAAUUUUGUGUGGUGGCGCAUUGCUGUGCAAUUGCUUUACCUUCUAUGGACAGGAAUUUGAGUUGGUCAUUAUCACAGAACUGCCAAGGAGAUGAGCUCUCUGGAGCGUUUUUCAGCGUGUUUACGUGUGGAUCAUUCUUAUAUUGAGAUUUCCGUUCAGUUUCCCAGACGAGGUGAUUUCUGGCAGGGAAACGGACGAGGCUGCACAGAUCA